AUGCGCCAUGCAUUUGCUCUUACUAAGUAUCCACCGAGCUCUGAUGUAGUGAAGAAGUUCGUUAACAAAGUCGCUGCCAUUGAUCGGUUACUUGUGCUGACUGGAGCCGGAGUGUCAACCGAAUCAGUCUCCCUUCUGAUUAACUUGGCCUGUGGCUUAUUCUACUACUACAGUAAAACCACUUUGCCUGAGGGUUUACCUGACUACCGUUCUGAGAAAAUCGGCCUUUUUGAGCGAUCCAACUAUCGACCUGUAACAAUUCAAGAAUUUAUGGCCUCUGAAUCUGCAAGGAAACGAUUCUGGUCUCGUAAUUUCUUAGCAUGGCCGAGAUACUCGCGAGCGAAGUGUAACAAGGCUCAUUUCACGGUCGCUUCAUGGGAGCGAUCCGACAAGUUUGUCUGGCUCAUCACGCAGAAUGUUGACGGUCUCCAUAUGAAGGCUGGAUCCACUUUACUUACCGAGUUACACGGUUGUGGACAUCGUGUAAGAUGCAUGCAGUGCAACGAUGUCACUAGCAGAGAAGAACAUCAACGAGCUUUGGAAAAACUGAAUGCUGAGUGGAUGAAAGUAAACGUUCCCGGAGAAAUGGCUCCUGAUGGUGAUGUCGAGGUCGAUGAAGGGGCACACGAGUCGUUUGUAUUGCCAUCAUGUAAAAAAUGUGGUGGAAUACUGAAGACGGAUGUCGUAUUUUUUGGAGACAAUGUCGCUCAAGAAGAAGUCCACUUAUGUUAUGAAAAGUUGGAUGAGUGUAGUGGCGUGCUUGUGUUGGGAUCGUCGCUCACAGUGAAUUCAGGAUUCCGAUUCGUUUAUUACGCCAAUUUACAAGGAAAACCUGUGCUUAUAGUGAACAUUGGCCCUACUCGAGCAGACGACUUUGCGGAUAUGCGAAUUAGCGUCCCAGUGACAGAAAUUAUAACUAUGUUGUAG